AUGUCGUCCCAUCACGAUCACGACAAUUGGUUAAUAGAAGAACUUAAAAAGAGUAUGAUAACCUUCGAUGAAAAUACCACUUCAUUGCUCGAAGGUCAGAAAAGGUCUUUUGAGUUAUGUUGCACAUUGCUAAGAGAAGAUGACGACUUGAGUCGUGGAGGCAAAUCACGCCGUAGCAUACGACAACGAGCACGCAAGUUUUUGAAGGAUAUUUAUCAGUCCAUAGGACCUGAAGUAUUCCUUCUGUGCACGUUGGGGCCAUCUAUCACGAGGCUAGGCGAAAAUGCGUUGCGUAUUCGCCUUUCUACUAUUCAAACUUGGUGGUGCACUGCCCUAAAACCGCAAGGGCUGACAACGGUUGCUACGGAGCUGUGCCAGGCCAAAACAAUUUCGUCUUUGGUUCAAUCAAAGGAUCAUGAUACCAACGGUUUAUCGGGAAGGCGACCAUCUGAGUACUCAGCUUUACCAGUUACAAAGCGGAACCUGGAAACUGAAUCCGACAGGGAAACACGGAAUGUUCAGGGGCAUAAGCGAAAGAAGGUUCUCACGAUUUCCCCAACCGAUUCGAAUCUCCCCACCGUGCAUGAGCAACCGGUACUUGAAAAUGCCUCGCUUCAAGGGAUCGUAGAGGUUUUCGACACAUACAUGUGUAACGCAAUCAGAAGAGUUAAUGUUGAUGGGGAAUCGAAAGCGGCCAUAACAAUGAUCUUUCCUGGUUGGGGAGGACCAGUUGAUUGCCUUAUGAGUCUAGAUGUCUGCCAAUGGGGUAUAGCGCAACUUUCUAUGACUCUGUUCAACGUAAAGGUAGAAUGGACGGAAUGCGUUUUGCAUGUGAUUCUAGAGAAUGGCAUGACGCUAACCACAGAGACCUCUGAAAUUACACUGAAGGGCGUUGAGGAUAAAGUUAUAAAUAAGGUAUUUGGUUCUGGGAUAUACCACGCAAUUGCUGAAUGCGCCGUACGGCGAAGGGAAAUUGCAGAAGGGAGAAAUGUAACCGAAUGCGUUUCAAUGACCCUUACACAAAACGGGGCCAUCAUUAACCUAUCCCUAGGCUUAGAGAGGGGUCUGCGGAUACAGAACAAGCUCUAUACAUAG